UAAAAUAGACCUCAGUAAACCGAGACUGAUAAAAAUAGCUGCGUUUUCCAUUAACCGUGGAAUUGAGUAAAUUGAAAUCACGAAGAUAAAUUUGCUUAACUGGUCACACGACAAUUUAGAAAAAAGAAACGUUUUUCGAUAAAAAAGGUUUUUGAGGCCGAUUUUUAGCUGUAUAUAAAUGAAUGUAUUUCGCAGAAAUGUAACGGAAACACCUUUUUCCCGCAUCACACAAGUCAACCAGGAUGUUACUACUGGUGAAAACCAUGAAGAAGAUGACAGGAAGUAGUCUUCUUCUUGGUUUGCAAUUUUCUCCAGACAAUAUGCAGCUGGCUCCACCAGGACUCUCACAGCAUCAUACAGUUCACAGAGUUUGGCGUCUUUAAGCUUUUCUGGUAAGUUAUCAACUACAAUUUCCCCAAAAUGCAGCAUAGACGUAUAAAGAGCUUGUCGCUCCGUCAGCCUAACGUUUCACUUGAAAGUGUUACUGACAAAAUACACCAGAUAAUUUCAUACAAGUUGGGAAUUAUGUUUAUGGAUGUAUUUAGUACUACAAUAUUAGCACAGUAAAUGUUGUCAAUCUCUAAACCCAAACGCUUACAGUUUGUUUGUUUUUUUUGACCCAACAUAGCUAUUGUCACCAACUUUGUUCUUUUCCUUCCUCUCCUUGACAUCAGCUUCCUGAAAAUGACAGCGGCGACUGGCAAUCAGGCACUUUCUCUGUAUGCACACACAAAAAUCCAUGCAACAGUACCACUUUGUGGGUGUUAACAACAGUUGAUAUGAGCAAGAAAUCAGUAUUUGUUCCCCAACAGAAAGGCACUCAGAUCUCCACUGCAGCUGCACAGUAACCAAAGAGUCCGUGGCUGCAACUCCCUGGCUCCAAGGAAACCGUGUCUGAAGCACAGCAAUGCAGAACAAUGCCGGCUGUGGAGGAGGACAGGAGCUCAGCGGCUGGUGUCCGUUUAAUCAACGAAGGUUAAGGAUGUCAUUGCAGGUCUAAGGAAUUUUUUUUUUUUUUUAGCCAUUACGACAAAACAUCUUUGUUGUUCUAGCGAUCCGUGGGUUGUUACAUGUUCGUCCAGACAGAAAUAUAUUUAGUGUUUUCUCCUCGAGGUUUGUUAGCUGUCAUUGCUGUGACCCAGCAAAAAUAAGCGCUGACAUUUCUAAGGAUUGGUACUUGCAGCAAUUCCUUUUUAGAGAAAGAAGGAAUUCAAGAGACAAAAAUACAGGUGUAAGAAAAAUAAGAGUCCUAACAAAGCUUAAAGUCAGUGCAGGUAGACGAAGAUAGGAGAACUCUUGUAACAAAAAAAAAACAUCACUCUUGCUAAUAUUUCUUUGCUGAUAGGCUGCUGCAUCCUAAAUGCACAAAGGAGCGUUAUCAUAGCUCCUUCCUCCCAGUGAUUGCACCAGACCAUGUACUUUCAGAAAGUCUCUUUUUGCACAAAUAUACAAAACUACAUCAUGUACAAUUUUCGUUUGAUCCUAAAACUGCAAAACACAAAAUCUUACCAAGUAACUUUUUGUCUACUUUCUAGGGCAACAUCUUAGUUUAUGUUAGUUUUGUCUUGAAAUAAGACAAAACUAACAUAGCAACUUUUCAGCAAGAUAUUGGAGCUUGUUUUCAGUAAACAAUUCUUUAAUUUUGAGGAAAACUACAGAUUAUUUCACUUAUAACAUGGGGGAAAUAUCUUGUUACAAGUACUUUCUCAUCAAUAUUAAAUAAUUGUUUACUUAAAACAAGUUCCUACAGCUUGAAAAAAGUUACUUGUGAAUUAGUUUUGUCUCAUUUUAAGAGUACUAAGACAUUUGCACUACAAACUAAACCAAAAUUACAUGGUCAGAUGUUGGGUUUUUGCAGUGUUUCUUAGACUCUUCAUCUACUAUCUUUAAUAACUGUAUAGUUUUUCUUAGUUAGUUCAUUUUUAUGAUACUAUGGGGUCUCCAAAUGAUCUUUCAUUGGAUCCAUAGGGUUGCUGCAUAAUGAGUGUGUUGAUCACAAUCAGCUGGACUUUCUUAGAAAAUGUUUUACCGAUUGACAUAUUGAAUUAAAAUUAUUAUUAGUUUAAUUAGAUGAACAUUUCUGAACUGUUGAUCUAUUAAUAGUGAAAUGGAACUGUCAGAAUGAUUGCCUGAAUUUGCUUUAAAACAUUUUCUGUUACUCCCAGUCAGGUGUGAUGUAAAAACACGCACACACCUAUCAUUUAUUACGUAAUAAACACAUAAAAGUAUAGCUAAGUUCACUCAACAUGUUUGCAUCCAUGAUCUUUGGAGAGAAAAGGCUUUUUCUUGGCAUGCCUCCCACACGACCGGUUGACAUGUAGACAUGAUCUAAUGGUUGUUAUGGAGACUUGGUACUAAUCUUGGCUGCUUUUCUGACAUUGAGCUUUGAGGAAUGUUUUUUUAAUUCUUUUUUUUUUUUUUUUUUGUCUUGCGUCUCAUGGUCCGAGAGACUUAAAAGGGUCAAAGCAGAAGGAAAGAAUUUGUCGUUUGUAGCAUGCUGGACGCUGCCAUUCCAAUAAAAGCAAGGUAUUCCCAGAGGAAACAAAGUGCGACACACCCACCGGACUGCGGACACAUCGGUAGGCAACACACACACACAUACACACACACACUCUGCUGUUAAUGAAUGAACAAACUGAAAGCAUUCACUCUCGCCCGCAGCUUCGCCGGCUGCUGGCGAAGCGCCGACCAGGAAAUCAGCUGACCCGCUUCAACACCUGUAUGGUUACCAUGGCAACAGCAGGCCCUCCACAGCGCACGUUCCCACGGCUCCGUUUCCGAUCUCUUCCCAUUCCGCUCUCCACCAACCCCACUUCUAAUUCCUCUCCCUCUCUCCUUUUUCUCUCUCUCUCUCUGUGUUUCUCUCAUGGUUUAUGUGGACCAUUUCCUAAUUCUUGGUCCACAUAAACACCACCAUCAUCAUCGUCGUCGUCGUCAUCAUCAUCAUCAUCAUCUCCAUCUACACAACCCUCUCUCCCACCUUCCCGCCUUUGCUGCAGGAGGCUGAAUAUGACAUCAUCUAUCCAUUCGAAAAUAUCUGAAUGAAGAGGUUCAGCUUGAACUUCUAUGGAAGAUCAUCCCUGCUAAAAAUAUUUGACGCCCAAACGAUCCGUUCCAGUGACGCCCAGACGAUCCGUCCCAGUGACGCCCAGACGAUCCGUCCCAGUGACGCCCAGACGAUCCGUUCCAGUGACGCCCAGACGAUCCGUCCCAGUGACGCCCAGACGAUCCGUUCCAGUGACGCCCAGACGAUCCGUUCCAGUGACGCCCAGACGAUCCGUCCCAGUGACGCCCAGACGAUCCGUCCCAGUGACGCCCAGACGAUCCGUCCCAGUGACGCCCAAACGAUCCGUCCCAGUGACGCCCAGACGAUCCGUUCCAGUGACGCCCAGACGAUCCGUCCCAGUGACGCCCAGACGAUCCGUCCCAGUGACGCCCAGACAAUCCGUCCCAGUGACGCCCAAACGAUCCGUCCCAGUGACGCCCAGACGAUCCGUCCCAGUGACGCCCAGAUGAUCCGUUCCAGUGUCUGCCACACAGAAAAUGCCAACUUUUCACAAAGUAUUUCUAUCUCCAGCUCAAAUGUAAUGCCACCAAUUGGCAUAAAAUUUACAACACACUUGUGGAAUCCCACCAAUUUAGGGUUCAAACUGAACACGACACGAUCCCCGCGAAAGCACCAAUCUUCAAAAUACAGUCGGCAAUCAGCCGAAUCGCCUUCACUGGAACCAGGAAACCCGACGACCUUUUGCCCCCGUUAAAACGAAACUGUAAGAAAACACUUACAGAGGAUAAUAAAGCUGCAGCAAACCAAUAAAACCUGCUUGUCUCCCAAGCAGCUUCGCUGUUUGGAGCGGCAGACGUGGCGAGACUCCAACUGCAUACAUCUGCUGUGUAACAAAUGCAAAUGAGUAAACAGA